UCGAACCUUGGUGUUCGGCGUGACGAGCGAACGCUUUAACCACUAGGCUACCCGACCGCCCCUCAAAGAUUUGGAAAAAAUCAAAUCAUCAACGUCUUCUCUUCUGUCUUCAUUGUCACUCAAGCUUCCAGAAGUGAUAAGGUAAGAGUUCAUUAUUUUUGUUCUGAUUUUGCAUUUUGUCAUCGUUCAAAAUUAUUUUAUUUGAGAACACAUGUUAACAACUUGUGUGUUUUUUAAAAAUAAUUAUUGAUAUGGUUAUGAAUGAUUAUUCCUAUUAAUUAUGAUGUGAUGUUUGCAUUACAGAAAAUAUGCAUGAACUGUUUGGUAUGUUCGAUGUAGAAUAGUUUUGACUUUCUUUCCUGACACUUACAUAUCUACCUCUGUGUUCAAAGAAAUCUAAAAGCUCUAAUUAUUUGUGGUGGUUGUUUUCAAUUAUUAAUCUUCUUCAAUCACUGUUCUAACAUUUUGCUUUAUGUCAUAAUCUGUGGUGGUGUGAUACACUUUUAGUCAUAAUUGUGUUAUUGUAAUAAUAUUUGACAUGAUGAUAUUCCAUACAUAGUUGAUAAAUGUUUAUAUUCUAAAAAAGAUUUUUUUAACAUUUUAAAUGAAAAAAAAUAUUAGAUAUAUUUCUAAUUUUAGUAAUUGUUCUAAAGGAUGUUAACAUAAAGAUAUAUUCAGUAUAAAAUUAUCUUGAUGAUUUUAUUUAAUGAUUAUUUUUCCCCCCUGUGACUUCAGGUCAUCCGUGCAGAAGUCAAGAUCGCCAAUAUGAUUGCCCAGCAUAAUCUUCCCUUUGCCACAGCUGACAAUUUGAGUCCAGUUUUUGCAGAUAUUUUCCCAGAUUCUCAGAUUGCAAAACAGUAUGCAGAAGCAAAGACCAAAACAACCUGUAUGAUAAAUGGUGCUAUUGCUCCAUAUUUUAGAGGUACCCUGAUUGAGAUGAUGAAGAACAAGCCCUGCUCUCUUGCUGUGGAUGGAUUGAACGACACUGAAUUGGAGAAAAUGAAUCCCCUUACUGUAAGGAUAUAUGAUGUCAACACAAGCAAGGUUCAACUUCAUCUUUUGGAUAUGUGCUGCACAUCUGGGGAGAAUUCAGCUGAAGCAGCAACAAUAUUUGAUAAGAUCAAUGAGAAAAUAGAACAAUAUGGAAUUCCCUGGGAUCACUGUGUUGCAUUUGGUGAAGACAAUAUAUCAGUCAACUUAGGAUAGAAGUAUAGUAUAAAGUAUAAAGUCAAGGGUGACUGGGGUUGUGGAUGUCAAUGUCAUUUGGUCCACAAUAUAGCCUGCAGAGCAUCAGAAGCCUUUCAAAGAGUGACUCGCUUUGAUGUGGAAGACUUUUGUGUGGACAUUUAUUAUUGGUUGGACAAAUCGACUGAAAGAAAGACAAUCCUUAGUGAUUUCUGCAAGUUCUGCGACACAGAUUACAAAACUAUAGUUAAAAU